AUGCGCUUUACAGAGGCAGUUGUUGCUGUUGCGGCGUGUCUGGCUCAAGUCCAGAUUGCCCAAGCAGCCUUGGCUUUCACGCAUUGGCCGACUACUAUUGAUGCCGGCGCCCCUACAACCUUGAACUGGGACAGUGACUCUGAUGCUCCCGUUACGAUCACCCUGCGUAAAGGAGCAGCCGCAGACCUCGACACUGUCCAAGUCUUGACCAAAGAUGCAAAGGGAGGCUCUUACACUUGGACACCUGAAAACUCUCUGGAACCAGGCUCAGAUUAUGCCUUUCAGAUCGACCAGGAUGGGCAGGUAAACUAUUCGGGGCUAGUGACAUUGAACAAUGACUCGGAAAGAACCGCUGCAACUUCAGCUGCAAGCUCAACUACCUCCACACAGGACACGACAACAGCAUCCCAAACACAGACAACACCAACUCCUACUCCCACCGACACUGCUCCCCGGGAUGAAGUGAACAGUGUUUUGCCUGGCAACAAUGCGACAACAAAUUUCACAUUGGAUGCCAACCAUGACAGUAACUCCAAUGUUUCCAGCAAGAGUGCCAUGGCGGCGGCAAUGCAGAAUGGUGGCGCACCUUUCCAGAUGGUCUCUCUUGAUCUGGUCCUUGGCAUCGUGGCUAUGGGUUUCUAUCUCGUCUGCUGA